AUGCAAGGAAAGCUCUUUCUGAGACGUGGUUCUGGAAACAACCAGAGGGUACUCCACGUUUCCGACAGUGAUUACGUCGGUGCCCUGCACCAGAACGGCAUGCUGGUCAAGUACAGCCGGGGAGACAGCGAGGGCGCAACCCGUCGCAGGCGCGGCGUCUACGACGAAGCGCGUAACUUGCACCGUGCGUUCUUCCACAACGCCACGGCCGAUUUUCCCAACCUUGACAUCUCACAGUGGGAUUCCGUUGCCUUUGAGCUGGAUUCCUUUUACACGGAGGACAAGGAAUCAAAAGAUGAUGUGUUGAAUAACAUCGAGACGAUGUUGGAGUCCUAUCUGACCAUUAGACCUGAGGAGUUUGAUACAGGAGCACGGGACAGCAUCUUGCGGAAGAUCGGCGAGGUGUUAAUGGACCUGUCACCAGACACGGCAGAGGCCAGGGCCCUCAUCCACCGUUGCCGGAGGAUGAUAAGGACGGUCAUGAGUCAUGUUGGUCAGGGGCUGGCCGAAGGAGACAGAAUCACCACCAGGACCGGCCGUAGCUCAGUACACAUCAGGAGGCUCACCUUGCGGGCCGAUCAGCUCAUCGAGGCUGGCCGGACCAAACUCAAGUUCCCUGAAUCCUUGGAACAAAUCGGUAGGAGCAUGACGCUGAACGUCGAAGAGUACGACGACGCCGAGGACUUGAACAGCGAGAAUGGCAAGAAGCAACCCCUGUCGGGACCCAUCCGCGCCAUCAGCUUGAUGGAUGCAGACGGCAACCCUUACUCCAUCAGCGGUCUGACAGAUCCCAUCGAGAUCACCUUCUCGGCCGUGGACGGCAAGCACGUCUGCCUCUACUACGAUGAGAUGGACAAGGCCUGGAGUCGGAAGGGGCUGACGACGCGACAGGAGCGGCCGGGCGCGGAGAUCGUCUGCCAGACCCUGCACCUCACCGACUUCGCAACGGCCGUCGAUGUGAACAAAGGCCCAGAGGUACCAGUUGGGGGGCUGACCGUUGCAGCAGUGGUUGGAAUCAUCGUGGGCGUCCUGGCGUUGUUGGUCAUCGUGCUCCUCAUCGUGUUCCUGGUCGUCAAGGUCAACAAGAACAAAAAAGUAAACCCCAAGGACUGAACGUCCCCCGAACUGACCAAAGUACCAGUAAGAGAAACUGGAUUAUCGGAAUGUAUAAAACUAGAUUGUCGUAACCCACAUGAUUAAUGUCUUGUCCAACCAUGGAUUAAUAUCUGGUGACCAUGUCCUCUUGGUAAGCCUCAAUCCAGAUGAGUUGUCCCUUCACUUACUAAUAACUGGUGAAAAGAUAAGCUGGAUUAUCAUAAUCUACCAAACAUGAUCAAAUAGACUAGUUCCACUUGAUUUGGGGAUAAACUUGGUUAUCUAGUUGAUUGAUUGGUCGGUGCACAAUCUUGAUUAGCAAGUCUUAUGUAUGAAAGUAAGCCAUGGUAUCAAUCAUUUCCAAAAUAGAGUUUGUUAGAAUUAUCUGGUUAACACAAAAAUAUAAACAUAGUUUUCUUAAGGUAAGACCUAUGGAUGAAAUUUUGUCUCCCAAAGUUAAUUAGAAGGCAAUCAAAAUCAUGAUAGACGUUUACUUGGCAUAAAUUGAGACAUGUAAAAACCAAAUGUGGAGUCAAAAUUAAUGAUUCAAAAUAUGAAAAUGAAAUAUGGCUUUCACCGAACGUCAGUUUAGUUCCCUAGAAGCUGGAAAACUAACUUUGUCCCUACAUCAAAAAAAAGCCUCAGUUUUAAAAGAGAACGUAUAGAUUGAAUUGAAAUCCUUUGCUCAUGUAGAAAUAGUUCAAUUUAUUGAUCCCAAAAGUUCCCUUUAACCACCCCCCUUUCAGAGCAACUAAGAACAAAAAAAGCACACGAAGAAGCAUUUGAACACCGUCGAAUUUUACGAAAGUUUUAGUGGAGAUAAAUUGUCGAAGUUCAAAUUAUUACGUGUUUUUCAAUGGUUUAGAGUUGAUCAAUGUGCAGUGUUACUGUGUGGCUACAAAUGAAUAUUGUUGUGAUUAGUUGCUCAUCCUUUGCUCAAAAGCGUUUUCUUAAAACGAUGACGACUCAUCUGUUGGCAAAACAAACCUAAAACUGGAAAAGACUGCACGGCCGUGAAGUCUGAUAUGCCGAGAGUGCAUUCUCUAGUACAGGUUACUUCCCGUGGUACUUUCCCUACAGCUGCGACGAUACAUUCUCACUGUUCUUUCUAUAUCUGGUGCGCAAGUGCGCAUAAAGACAGUACCAAACUUUAAGGAUAAAAACCAAUCAAAAAUUGUGAAAAGAUUUUCCACAUGUAACCAGAAUUUCUAUUUUCCUUCCUCGCAAAAUGUCUCUGAGCAGUUUGUAGCAAGGAAAGUAUUGACAUGUGACCGUGAGUGCCUGCCUGGGCAAGAAACAAUGAAAAAUCACACUGUGAAUUCCUAAAAUCCCACAUCCCAUCUUAACAAUGCACUUUCCCGGUGAUAUUCUUUUCCAAUGUGAACAAAGAAAAGAGUCUCUUUGAAUGUUUCAGUAUUGAGUUUAAAAUGCCUCAAUUUUUUUUUGGAAGUGACAAAUUAAGGGCAGUGAAAUAAUCCUAUGAAAUGGUAAGGCCUCUCAACAGAAAAAAAUUGGGUUCUUCAGCCAUGUUGUUUUGCAGAGAGGUUAAACUGAGUCGCUUAAAUGCACGCUGAUCUAGUGAUGCAAUCCUCCCCCCACCCCCUUGUUCGAAAUGUUCUCUCUAAUAUCCACAAUGCCAUACUUCUCAGUCUUACCCUUUUUCCAUGUACACCUUUGGGCAGACGAUAAGCAGCUUGUAGUAGGUGUAGUUAACUUUUGUGAUCCUUUUGCUCCAUGGAGUAUUUGGCAGAAUUUCUGCCUUUUAAGUGCACCUUCCUGCACCCUUUUUCACUUUUUAUAAUACGUAUAGUCACUUUCAAAACAGACAUCCACCGAAAAGGAUCUUUUCUUUUAUUUUAACCCCAUGUAUUAUAAGUUAUACAUCGGUUAUUUGUAUAAAUGCUGUUAUUUUUCAUUACGUUUAUUUCCAUUCGAGACAUGUUUAUUAUAUUUUUUUAUUGACAUUAUUUUUUAAGCAAAAUAUUUUGACUUUUUUGGGGGGAUGGGCGGUUUUAACUUCUAACCUCUGUCAGUAAAGACUCAAAACUAGAUAAAAUGAACAGGAGUUAGGCGACAACAACAAGGAUAAGCCGAAGAAAAAAAAAGUCGGCCUCUUUCGAUUGGAAAUAAAUCUUAAAAAACUCUAACCCCCUCCCCCAAAAAAGCAGCGAGCAAAAAGUAUGUUUCUUGAAAAAUAAUGGAAGAAAGCGCACAAAAAGCACCUAGAUUAAGCUUCAGCCCCUAGAGGGCCAUAUAAGAUUACAUAAAAGGGUUCCAGAGUUUGUGGUCCCCCAAAACACACCCCCUCCCCGAAAUUUGGUUCAGAUCCAUCCUUGAUUUUCAGCCGUGUGUUCGUGUGCAUGUAUCUGCAUGUUGUAUUGUGCUAUAUGCAUACUGCACAUUCACACUUGUGCAUUUCUCAUUGUAACAAAGCAAUAAGCGCAUAGUAGUUGAGGCGUACACCACUGAAAUACGUACGUCCAUCUUCUGAGUGCCUGUGGUGCUUUUUGCGGCCAGCGAAUUUUUAUCAUUUUCGAUUAAUCAUCUUACAAAAACAUUUCACGAAAAGUAAAGUAAUUGUUGAAAAAAUAGUAGUUCAUGUAGGCCUACCUGUUUUUACGAUACCGAUGGCACUGUUGUGCAAACUUUGAGAACGUAUCUUGAGACGAAAGUAUCGACUGAAAGGGAUGUUGAGAUUGAAUUUGACAUUUUGUGUGUCAAUGUCAGUGAUUGGAAGCUGGAGUAAUCGAUCGUUCGAUUUUUAUGAAAGCGUGUGACGGGUUGUACGCACUUUACUUAAUGCAGUUACUCAUUGGAUGAAAAGAAAAAAUAUAUUCAUAAUGUCGGAGCCAGUGAUUGGAUGUAUUGGUUCAUACCCAGAGUGUAAAACAUUUGGAACGGUUUUCGAGGAUAUUGGUGGUGUUUGACCUCUGAGAACGAAGUUGAACGAAAGGGUAGCUGCAUGGAUCGAGAACAGAUGUUCACGACACUGUAUCGUUGUGGACAUUAGCUGUCUGGGAGGGAAGUCGAGAAGGGCCAAACUGGGUCAGUUUCUACAUUAAUUGAUUUGUUUGUUCACAGUCGCCUGCUAUUUAAUGCCGCGGAAAUGUUAAUGACCGCAUCACUUUGCGACGCCUUACAAAAUCUCAAGUAAUUGAGUUGGUUGCGUGAAAAACAAGUCAUGCAUCCUCAGUUGAACAAAAUAGUUGGCACUCACCAUUACUGCAAGUAGUCACGUAAUGGUUAAUCAAUUACACACUUUAAUUCUAACGAAACCAUUAUUUAAGAUAGGAUGAGCGUCUGUACCCUGACGCAAUGGUAAAUACGGCAAAUUACUAUAUUAUACGAAAAGUGUGGAUAAAUGGUGUUUUUCUGUCACACUGCAUGCCACUUGAAUGGUUGUGCUUUAAAUAGUUACGUGGAGGCUUUGAGAAUAAAAUAGGCUUCAUGUAUUUUCUUCGGUAGAAACGGGUCAAAACUAUUCCCGACGUAGUGAAAUCGUGCGACAUUUUCUCUGCUGUCACAUUCUCGUCUGUAGUCUAAUUCCGGUCAGUCACGCUUCAGUCGUUAGUCAAAAUAAUGGUGUUAAAAAGUUGGGCCCCGUGUCAGUUGACAGGUGGUUCACAGCGGACAAAACGUUUGGCAGAAAAGCUUUCUUCAAAAUGUGACAGAAAAGACGUGCGUUCGUCUUAAAUUAAAAAAAAAAUGAUCAGAGUUCAUUUCACAGUUUGACUAGGUUGUGACUUGAGCCGAGACUGUUUCUUUUUAGCCUUUGUCCUGGUCAAGUUCAUGACAUCCCUGCCUCACCCCCGGGCGCUGGGAAGGGCAAAUGAAUGACGUAAUUUUCGUGGAGCACUCACGGGACAGAGUUCAUUAAAUUUUGAACAAUAAAGACGCCUUUCCAUAUGCGCGUCAACACGCGCCAAGCGUUGCGUAU